AUGAACCCUUCCCAAUUCGGUCUGGUAUCCUCCAUAUACACCCUCGGUGGUCUGCUAGGUGCCCUGCUGGCAGGGCCCGUCUCCACUAAACAUGGGCGACUGUUCGCCUUGCGAGCUACAACAAUUUUCUUUAUUCUGGGCCCAGUAUCGGAAACAUUUGCACCCAGUAUACCGAUCUUGAGUGUCGGUAGGUUGCUGAGUGGUGUGGGCGCGGGUGCUGCUAUUGUCGUUGGUCCAAUUUAUAUAUCCGAGAUUGCCCCGCCCAACGCGAAAGGGUUCUUCGGCGCCUUUACGCAGGUUAUGACCAAUGUAGGUAUUCUAUUUACUCAGACUCUCGGCUACUUUCUCAGCAAAGGAGAUCAAUGGAGGGCCAUACUUGCCGUGGCUGGGUUGCUCGGGGUUUCGGAACUCCUUUGUCUAUUCUUCGUACCGGAAAGUCCCACUUGGCUGGCUGAGCAUCAACAGGCGAGCCUGGCCAGACAGGUGCUGCAGAGAAUACGUGGGAAGGAUGCAGAUAUUGAAGAGGAGAUUGAAGGAUGGAAGAGCUCUGAGAGGCCCACAGGACCGGAGGAGGAAUCACUGCUCACCCCUCCUGCCAGCAAUUUGCCGCCUAAACAGCCCCCAGUUACGAUUCUGCAAGCCGUGACAGACCCAUACUACCGUCCAGCCAUCGUUGCUGUCAUCGGAGUCAUGGUGGCUCAACAGUUCACCGGCAUCAACAGUAUCAUCAUGUAUAGUGUCUCGCUUCUACAGAGUCUCCUUCCCACGGCAGCGGCUUUGUUGACCGUGAUGAUUUCGGCCAUCAACCUGGUCAUUACUCUUGCCUGCUCACCUUUGCCUGAUAAGAUUGGCCGAAAGGCGUGCCUUCUUCUGAGCAUCUGCGGCAUGGGCUUCAACUCUGUCUUGCUGGCGCUCGGAAUCUAUUUCAACCAGAAAAUCUUGUCCGCAAUAGCAGCCUUGUUAUUUGUGGCCAGCUUCGCGGUUGGAUUAGGUCCGGUGCCUUUUAUCUUGGCCUCUGAACUAGUCGGUCCUGAGGCUGUGGGUGCGACGCAGAGCUGGGCGCUGGCGGCCAACUGGACCGCCACGUUCAUCGUGGCUCAGUUCUUCCCCGUGCUUAACGACGCACUGGGCGGCCGUGGUAAAAUCUACUGGAUCUUUGCGGUACUGGCUUGCCUUCUUGGAGGCUUCAUCUACGGAUGGGUGCCUGAGACCAAGGGCAAGGCCAGUUCGGAUGAGGUCUGGGGAAGGGAAGACUCGAGACGGAGAGACUAA